AUGGCUGUUAAACCAGGAGUCUUGUCGGGUCUUUACGUUGGUAAUUAUCGGGACAGUAAGGACGCUGCACAAUUAGAGCGUUAUGAAAUUACGCAUAUCCUGGCAAUUCAUGAUGCAGCACGUCGUCUUCAUUCCGACAAACAUUAUCUAUGCAUCUUAGCGGCUGAUACGCCCGACCAGAAUCUAUCACAAUACUUUUCUCUGUGCAAUGAUUUUAUUCAUGCAGCCCGCCUGCGUGGAGGCAAUGUUUUGAUACACUGCUUAGCCGGAAUGUCGCGAAGCGUCACUGUUGCGGUUGCUUACAUCAUGAGUACCACCAAUCUGUCAUGGAAAGAUGCUCUAAAAGUUGUGAGGGUGGGUCGAGCAGUGGCAAAUCCAAAUGUUGGAUUUCAGCAGCAACUGGAAGAUUUUGAAUCCACUCGUCUUCAAGAGGAAAGGAGAAGAUUGAAGGAACGUUUUCCCAGUUUGGCUCUCGCUGCUUCUGACGGGGAAGCUUGUAGAGCCACUUUGAGAAAUUACGAGUCUUUAGCUUUGGCUCGAGAAGUCUGCGAAGGAAAAUGUGCUAUGGGUCGCCCUUGUCCUACUGGAUUAUGCAGACAACCUUCCAAAAGAUCCUUACGAAGAAAAUCAUCUUCAAGUAGUAUAGGAAGUUUAUCUGGGGGAAGAACUCCACCACAAUCUCCAAGAAUGUUACCUUCUGCACCGCCUUCACCAGCUUUACCGAGAUCGUGUAGCGUUAUUUCUGCUAUAAGGCCCCGAAGUGGUCCAGCAGGUUUACAUUCUUAUACCGGAUCGGCACCUCCAUCAAGGGCUACAUCAAGGGUAGAUCUUUCAGCAGCUGUUGCCUGUAGCAGCAGCAGUAUAAGUAUCAAUAACAUGGGAAGAACUGGUCCCGGAAGUGGCAGUCCCUGGAGGUUUUCGUCAGGAUCCGCUCCAGCAACACCCCGAACAACGCCUCCAGCUUCGCCUCAACACUGGCCCAGACGAGGCCCAGUCCGAAUGACUCCUCAACUUCCGAUACCACCUCAGUCUCCUUCGUCGAUGACGUAGCAUUAUGAAUUCGUCAGUCCUUUUCGGAACCUGACGAAAUGAAUUUUUCACUGAUGACUCAAAAAUAUCCAUCAAAUUGUCGCUUGUGUUUAAAAACGCACGACGGCAAUCGUUUUCCCCGAUUUUUUUUUAAUAGAGCAAAUACAAAAAAAGUUGUGGGACAAUUUACAAUUUUUUGCAGUAAUGCAAAACGAUUUUUUAGGAACUAGGAGAGUCCAAUGACUAAUUUUAAGCUCUCACUUUUUAGCAUUUCUCAAGAAAAUAUGUUUAAUAUAUGAGAAAGCUUUAUUGUCACUUUCGAUUUGAAGUAGCUGAUAUGUACGUAUUGAGGAUAAAUUAUUAUCCUCCCGAUAAAGAGGACUUUUUCAAUAUAGAACAAAUUUGAAAAAGAGGGGUACAAGGAUCCAAA